AUGACUUUUGAUGGACUGUACUACAGCUAUCAAGGGAAUUGUACAUAUGUCCUUGUGGAAGAGAUCAAUAAGAAAGUUGACAACUUUGGUGUCUACAUUGAUAACUACCAUUGUGAUGCACGGGAUGUAGUGUCCUGUCCUCGAACGCUCAUUGUGAGACAUGAGACUCAGGAAGUGACUGUAAACAACCAGCUCGUGGCUUUGCCUUACAAGAAGUUUGGUGUGAGCAUCUAUGAGUCAGGCAUAAAUAGUGUUGUGGAAAUUCCUGAGCUGAAAAUGAAUGUGACCUACAAUGGCUUGUCCUUUUCUAUCAGAAUGCCCUACAGCCUGUUUGGCAACAAUACCCAGGGACAGUGUGGUACUUGCAAUAACAACACGGCAGAUGACUGCAUGCUGCCAAAUGGAAACAUUGUAGAAAACUGUGAAACCAUGGCAGAUCAUUGGCAAGUUGUUGAUCCUUCCAAACCACAGUGCUCUCCAGGCCUAGUUCCUACAGGUUCACCUAGCACAACACCAACACAGCCUUGCAAAGAAUCGUCCAUCUGCGAGCUUAUUUUGGGAAGUGUGUUCAAGCCAUGCCAUGCGUUUGUCCAGCCUGAGAAGUACUAUGCAGCCUGCGUUUUUGAUAGCUGUGUACUUCCCAACCUAGACCUGGAAUGCUCAAGUCUGCAGAUCUAUGCUGCCACCUGUGCUGAUCAAGGGGCGUGCAUUGACUGGAGAAAACACACCAAUGGUGUAUGCUCUCAUGAAUGUCCUCCAGGUAAAGAAUAUAGAGCAUGUGGUCCUAUUAAAGAGACGACCUGCAAAUCAAGAGGACAGAAUGAGACAUCAACUAAACAAGUGGAAGGCUGUUUCUGCCCUAAUGGAACCAUGCUGUAUGACUCUGGUGUGGAUGUCUGCGUGAAAACCUGUGGCUGUGUUGGAGUGGAUAUGGUAUCAAGAGAGUUUGGAGAAAAGUUUACAGUGGACUGUAAGGACUGUAUUUGCCUGGAAGGUGAACAUGGCAUUGUAUGUGAGCCUCAUGUAUGCCAUCAAAAGAAGGUCACUUGUGAAGGAGAAGGCUUCUAUGAAGUCACUGAAGUCAAUCCUAAAGACUCCUGCUGCCCUCUUUUCACUUGCAAAUGCAAUACAAGCUUGUGCACAGCUAAAGCCCCCAAGUGCUCACUGGGAUUUGAAGUUCAUUCUUAUAUUCCCAGUGGUCAGUGCUGUCCUGUAUACCAAUGUGUUCCCAAGGGGGUUUGCGUACAUGAGAAUGCUGAGUUCUUGCCCAACUCCUCAGUCUUUGUUGACAAGUGCCAGAAUUGUGUCUGCACAAAUGAUGUUAACGUCAGCACUCAACUGAAUAUAAUCUCCUGUGAACGUGUCCCCUGCAACACAUACUGUCAACCAGGAUAUGAACUUAAACCAGUGAAAGGCGAAUGCUGUGGAAAAUGUGUGCAGACCAAGUGUAUUAUAAAGACAUCAGACAAUUCUGAACUCAUCUUGAGUCCUGGAGACUUUAAAAAUGAUCCUCACAACAACUGCACCAUUUAUAGCUGUGUAGAUGUCCAUGACCAGCUUAUUGCUUCCACAUCUGAGAUUACCUGUCCAGCAUUCAAUGAAGACAGCUGCAAACCUGGAACUAUUUCAUUCUUACCUAAUGGUUGUUGCAGAACAUGUGCCCCUCUGGACAGCAGCACACCGUGCUCUGUGCGCCACAGAAAGGACUUUAUUGUCUACAAUGGCUGCCGCUCCGUGGACAGAGUUGACAUGACUGAAUGUGAAGGAACAUGUGGAACCUUCUCGCUAUACUCUGCUGAGGCCAAUUCCAUGGACCACAGCUGCUCCUGCUGCAGAGAAACAAGCACCACUGAGAAGUACGUGGUUCUGAAAUGCCCUGGUGGGCACGCAGUGUCACACAAGUACAUCUACGUGGAGAGCUGCAGCUGUCAAGACACUGAAUGCCAGAGGCCAGAGUCCAAUGAGCUGCAGAACAAUGAAGUAAAUGAGAAGACCACUGCCCUGAACAGGAUCAAGAGAGCCAUCAGCUUAACAUCAAAAUGA